AUGCCGGGUGGGGGCGGAGCUGAAGAGGACCAGGUGUUAGGUGACGAUGGGGCAGGAGAGGACAGGAGGACAGGUGAAGGAGGGGGGCCUGUUGAAAUAGGUGUAGAGGGGGGUGAUUUCCUCAUUUUCCUUGGUGGAGUUUUCGAAGUGAGGGGAGUAAGAAUCGGAGUGUCAGGAGAGGAUUUUGAAGGAGUUCUUUUCCUUUUAGCAACAAUAUCAGAAAAAAGUCUAGUGGGUGGUGGAGGAAAAGAAGAAGAAGAAGAAGAAGAAGAAGAAGAAGAAGAGGAGGAGGAGAAGAAGAAGAAAGAAGAAGAAGAAGAUGAAGGAGGAGGAGGAGGAAGGGAAGAAUACAAAAAAGAAGAAGUUGGGGGAGGAGGAAGAGAAAGAGACAAGGAAAAAGAAGAGCAAGGAGAAGGGGAAGGAGAUGAAGGAGAAGAUAAGUUUAAAUAA